GACGUCAUGAUCGUCAUCUUAACGAGUUUUAUCGCGAAUCAUUUAGUUUGUAAACAGCAUGCUUAGUAAAAACUUGUCGACGAUACGAUGAGGUCCGUUUACGUGUUCGUGUGUCUGUUUGUGUACACCCACAGCUGGGGUCGCGGCGAUCUCGAGAAAUAUGGACCCUUUCAGAUGGCAUUGCGUUCGAACUUGAUAAAAUGUGAACACGACAGAACACUUAACUUGGACAUCAGCGAGACAGAUGUAUACUUCUACGAUUUCCCAAAUAACGACGUUGAAACAUUCACUAUCACCAAUGGAGCUAAGGAAAUACUUAAAAUACCAGGCUUAGAUAAAACAAAAAAGUUCAUUAUAUUCGUCGGUGGUUAUAAAUCGACUAUCAAUAAAAAAACUGCGGAACGUAUAAGAGACACAUUCAGGAACUAUCCAAAUAGUUAUUUGAUUAUUCUAGACCAUACAACAUACACUAAUAACAAGCAAGGUAAUAUCAAGAGCUAUGAGCGCUCCGUCAAAUACGUCUACUAUCUUGGUAAAGCCAUUGCAGAUUUUUUGACUGAAUUGUCCAGAGAAGGAAUUUCUCCAAAAAGUAUGCAUUGUAUUGGACAUAGUUUAGGCGCACAAAUGCUUGGGUAUACCGGCGAAAUAUUCCAUCAGAAUACUGGACAGAAAUUAGCCCGGAUCACGGCUUUAGAUCCUGCAGGACCAUGUUUUUCCAAUAGCUUAAUUGAAGAGCAGGUCAGAGCUGGAGUAGCCGAUUAUGUGGAAGUCUAUCAUUGCAACGCGGGUGGCUUAGGGUCUUCAAGUGUUUUGGGAGAUAUAGAUUUCUUUAUCAACAGAAAAGGGCAGUCACAACCGCAUUGUGGAACGCCCUUAAUCCCUGGUAUAUUUGAUUCUUCAAAGGCUGCUACUUGCAACCACAGGGCUUGUAUUGACAUAUGGACAGCCACUGUUACUAAUCCAAAUUGGUUUUUGGCUUGGAAGUGCGAUUCUUAUAAGAUGUUCAAAGAAGGUAGAUGUGCAGCGAAUGAGGUGACCAUUGCUGGUUUCUGGAAUCCUGGUAACGCGACAGGAGUAUUCUAUUUUUCAACGGAUGGAUAUGAUGUAUAAUUAUUAAGAAAUUUUAGAUAAUCUAGUAUUACUAAUUUAAUUAAAUUUAGUUUUUCACGUGUCA